UGUGUCACACUAGACCCUCGACACGUGACGAGGGUAGAAGCAUCUACUUCCGGUAGCCAGCCGGCUAACAGCAAGCUAACAACCGUUAGCCUUCGCGGCCUGGACGCUAGCAGUUAUCGGCUAUUCUUAUUCAUCGCUUUAAAAAAAACAAUUCUAAUCAACAAACUGCCCUCCUUUCUCAUUAGUCCUUAUCUGUAAGUGAUACGCCGGUGGUUGAGUUAGUGUAUCGUUAUUUCGUGGCUGUGAGUGACUUUGACACCGGUUGUCGACAUGUCGGCGGUCCAACGGAUGAAAGUGGCUAACGAGAAACACAGCAAGACCAUAACGCAGCGAGGACACGUCCAGAAAACCACGCGGGUGGUGAAUGAGGAGAAGUCUCCUGUUGGUCCCUGGUUACUGGCCCUCUUUGUCUUUGUGGUGUGUGGAUCAGCCAUCUUCCAGAUCAUCCAGAGUAUCAGGCAGGGGUUGUGAUGGUUGUCACCCAGAUCAGAGCCUCCUCCCCUGGGAGAACACCAACAGCCUCACCCCAUCCCUGCUCCAGCCACAGACAGACAUCCGGCCCAGUGUUCUCCCUUUACUCAUACACACCCCCCUCCUCUCUGUGUCGAGUUAAAACAUUUUAGGGUUCCCGAGUGGCGCAGUGGUCUAAGGCACUGCAUCUCAGUGGUAGAGGUGUCACUACAGCCCCUGGUUUGAUCCCAGGCUGUAUCACAACUGGCCGUGAUCGGGAGUCCCAUAGGGCGGCGCACAAUUGGCCCAGCGUCGUCCGGGUUUGGGGAGGGUUUGGCCGUGGUAGGCCGUCAUUGUAAAUAAGAAUUUGUUCUUAACUGACUUGCCUAGUUAAAUAAAGGUCAAAUAAAAUAAUUGAACAUUAGCUGACACACACAUCAUCCCCGUCCCGUCUCUGUCAAGGUAAACAUCAGCUGACACACACAUCAUCCCCGUCCCGUCUCUGUCAAGGUAAACAUCAGCAGGUUCUCCAUACUGUGAAUUAGAUCACCCUGUCUCUGUCAAGGUACACAUCAGCAGGUUCUCCAUACUGUGAAUUAGAUCACCCUGUCUCUGUCAAGGUAAACAUCAGCAGGUUCUCCAUACUGUGAAUGUCUCCAGGACUUUAUUUUAUAACAUUGUAUUGGUAAUGUUGAAAUAUGAAAUGUCUUAUGUAGUUCUUGAAAGAACCAUUUUGUUUAUGGGUCUUAAUGUUGUCUCAUCUGAGCUGUACUCUGUAACACUGAUCCCAGGUCAGUUUGGUAUUGGUCCCACUGAUGGUUACUGUUGGGAUGUGGGGAGAGAACCACUGCUCUAGGUUCAGUCUCAUCGCGUUAGUCCAGUAGACUGACUGACUGCUGUGACAUGAUCUGUCCUUGUUUUUGAUAUCUCCCUUGUAUGAUCACAUCCCUCUGAUAUCUCCCUCAUCGCUCUGUUCCCUUAUCCUGCCAUCUCCCCUCUCUCCUGUGUGUGUCCGUAUCUAGGAAGUUUUCAGUCUGUUUUCAACUGUUUUACUGUCUUCAGUUGUCUUCUACACUGGCCGUUCUGUUACUGUGGUAUCUACGUGCUGAAUGGCCAGUGUGUGUGUGUGUGUAUGAAGCAGCACUCCCUAGAGGCAGACACCUCUCCUGAACACCCAGAGUGUGAACGUGUGUGUCAGUCCACCUCCCUCCUGUAAAACGCUAUGCAAAUGAGUUUUAUACAAAUAAAACAGAUUUUUUUUCUCUAAA